ACUGAGCACCACUCGCUACAGACACACUCACACACAGUGUGCCUAAGCAAAGAAAUGCUCCAGCGCCAAGUCUCUCAGACUCCUGAAGUAGGAGCGACUCAGUAGGAGCUUCUGUACCAGUUAUCAAAGGAGUAGAGACGCUCCCUCAGGAAUUGACCGCUUGCACCGACGGAGCAAAAAAACGCUCCAGAUUGUGGACUGACUCGUCAUGCAGCGAUAUUGCGACCUGGAGCUUUUCUGAAAGGAUUCCACACUGAAAGGAACUCUGUAGUAACAACGUUCACUGGCUCUCUGCAGUUUGCAUUUGACAUGCACCGACACUGCAGUUUGCUGUAAAGCCUUUUUUUUCAUCGUUUUUCUUAUUCCAUGCACAGCCAAGAGUUCUGUGGGAAUAUCACAACCUGAGACUUUUUCGCGUAAAAUAAAACUGCUCAGCUAUUUGGAACAUUCUCUGGAAAGAUAAAUGGCUGUCGCUGCUUGAGUUGAGAUUGUUUCCUGCGGCUCGGCUAAGUUUUUUUUUUUUUUUUUUUUUUUUUUUUUUCUGAGCAUUUCAAGGAAAAGUGCACAUAUCAGCGACUGGAAUACCACACGAGACUGCCUGCAAAGACUUAUUUCCUCAGUGCACGGACCGUGCGCCCUGGGACCGUAUCAAGCCCGAGAGCGUCAGGCGACGUUAAGAGAAACCACGUUUAUAAAAGCCGUGCGUAAAAAUAACAUUGGCCAAGGCAGCCCUCAUUGCCGGGCGCGUGACAUUUAAAACUUGGUGAAGUACUCUUUUGUGCCCCCUUCUCUCUCGGGACGCUCCGGAUCUAUUCUGUCUCUUUAGAAAACACUUCAUUCCAUGCAGCUCUCGCCUCGGCCGCUGUCAUCCAGUGUAGACAGUUCGUCGUGGCUUCGAGUCCCCGGGGUAACCAUGACAACCGAGAGAAACCCAAAGUGAAUCCAAGGAGCGGGGUGAGGCAGGAGAGAGUGUGAAUAGACUAGAGUUUUCCCCGUUUUGUUUUGUGCUUCUUUUUUUUUUUUUUUUUUUUUUUUGUGUGUGUGUGUGUGUGUGUGUGUGUCAGACUUAACACUUUCUGUAGAGCAGGGGCACCGCUCCACGCUGCAGAGUUGCAUCAGCGGGCAAAUUGCAAAGUUGAAGGAGCCCUAAAAAGCAAAGCACUCCGCUCCAUGUCAUUCAAACCCGACCUGGUCUAUUAAAAGUAUCGCCUUGCUGGUGACUGAACUUCUACUAUUUAUGAAGCCCCGGGCAAGUCAUUGCAGAGAACAUAGUAACGAGGAAAAGAACUGAAUUAUAUAUCACGCGUCAAGAGCCGGUGCGUAAAACAAGAGGAAUAAUGGGCCUCUCGCAAACGCUACUCGUUUACGUGCUGGUGUGCGUUCACCUUGGAGUUUCCCAGCAUUACCUUCGCCUCCGUCCAUCGCCCAGUGAUCACCUUCCAGUGCCCGAGCUGAAGGAGGACCCCGACCCGGAGUACGACCCCCGGGAGCAGGACUUGGCCGAGAGGACUCUGAGGAAAAAACUCGGCAGUAACUUUGACCCCAACUUCAUGUCCAUCAGCUCGCCCAUGCUGGUGAACUUUUCCGCGUCAGACAACCAGGUGAAGCUGGGGCCAAUGCCUAACGAGCUUAAAAAGCUGGACCUCACAGAGACCCCCUAUGGAAAGCGGGUAAAAGUGGGCAAGAAAGCCCGUAGGAAAUUUCUGCAGUGGCUGUGGACCUAUACGCACUGCCCAGUGGUGUACACCUGGAAAGAUUUGGGCGUGAGGUUCUGGCCACGUUACAUCAAGGAGGGAAACUGUUUCUCUGAGCGCUCUUGCUCCUUCCCCGAGGGGAUGUCUUGCAAACCAGUCAAGUCAAUCAACAAGAUUUUCCUGCGGUGGUAUUGUCAAGGGUUUCUAAGACAGAAAUACUGUACGUGGAUACAGGUGCAAUACCCAAUCAUCUCAGAGUGCAAGUGUUCAUGCUGAUUCUUCCCCAAGGAAGUGGUCGACGGGGGAGUGGACUGGAAAUACGGUUUCUAUUGCACUGUUAACUCUCUACAGAGGUGGGCACCAUAGCAAAUCUAUUUUUUUAUAUAGCAUUUUAAGUGAAAUACCAACAUUGUACAUAUUUAAGAAAAAUGCAGCUAUUUUUUCUAAUUGAACCAGGACCAUAUUUUAUUCUCAACCCUGAAACGUUGCUUUUUGGGGGAAACACGAGCACUUCAUAAAGAAGAGCUUUUUUUUUUUUUGACUUUUUUUUAUGAGACAUUGAGGAUGGAUUGCAUAUGCUACACUUCUCCAAGAGGUGACCUUUUUUUUUCAACUGAACAUUGAUGCUGACUGUUAUUUCACUGCAAUGCUGCCUAGAGUUUUUGUAUAAUAUUAAUAUCAAUAAUAAUUAAAUUGUAAAAAAGUUGAGGUUAAAGAUAUAUAUAAAGGCGUGAACUCAGCUCUUUUGGAAUACAUAGUAUUGUAGGAAUAAACAAAUCUGUACGUUUUAUUUAUUAUUUUAACGAUUUGUGAGUAUAGAGCAUAAGGACAGAGAAUAGCAGAGUAUACCAGAAAAAAAAAUAUGGGAGAUGUCUACUUGAAUAUUUCUAAAAAUGACAAAAAAAAAUAAAUAAAAAAGUAAAACAUAUCAGUGUACAUGUUAUGGUUACACGUUUUAGCAAUAAAGUCUAUCUUUUCAACAUG